AUGUUAUACUCAAUUAUUCUACUAAUAUCAUUAUUCUUACAAUUGAUAAAUGCUUCCAUAUAUAUGGGGUUCCCGUUUAAUGAACAACUACCAAAUGUCGGACGAGUAAACGAAGAUUAUACAUUCACUAUUGCCAAUACAACUUAUAAAUCCAAUAGUCAUGGAGAAAUCUCUUAUGAAGUUGAAAACUUACCAUCUUGGUUAUCAUUUGAUUCUUCAAGUAGAACAUUUUCUGGUAAACCUGAAGAAUCUGAUGUUGGUGAAUUUGAAAUUACUUUAACAGGUACUGAUUCAAGUGAUGGAUCUCAAUUAACUAAUAGUUAUUCCAUGAUUGUAUCUAAUGAUACUGGAUUAUAUUUAACUUCAGAGAAAAAUUUAUUCAAUGAGUUAGCUCAAACUGGACAAACUAAUGGUGUUGAUGGUUUAGUUGUUAAACCUGGUGAUACUAUUAAAAUCCAAUUUAAUAAGAAUCUUUUUGAAAGUUAUUCAUCAAGUGAUCGUCCUAUUAUUGCUUAUUAUGGUAGAUCUGUUGAUCGUAGUUCUUUACCAAAUUGGUUAUCUUUUGAUGGUGAUGAUCUUACUUUUACUGGUACUGUUCCUUAUGUAACUUCAGAAAAUGCUCCUUCAUUUGAAUAUGGUUUUACUUUUAUUGCUUCUGAUUAUUAUGGUUAUGCUGGAGCUCAAGGGGAUUUUAAAAUUAUUGUUGGUGGUCAUCAAUUGAGUACUUCAAUUAAUCAAACUACAACUAUCAAUGGUACUGUUGAUACUGAAUUCGAUGAAAUUGUUCCUAUUUUAUCAGAUGUUUAUCUUGAUGGACUGGUUAUUACUCGUGAGAAUAUUUCAGAUGUUACUGUUGAUGGUUUACCAGAUUAUAUUCAAUUUAAUAAUGAUGAUUAUACUUUAACAGGUACUUUCCCAAACUCAACCACAAAUGAUAGUUUCACAGUUGUUGUUCAAGACAUUUAUGGAAACUCAGUUGAAUUACCUUAUAUUUUUGAUGUCAUUGAUUCUAUUUUCACCACUGAUUCUAUUAAAGAUGUUAAUGCUACAAAAGGAGAAUAUUUCCAAUAUCAAAUUUUGGAUUCUUUAUUCACAAAUAUUGAUGACACACAAGUUACUGUUGAUUACGAUUCAGAUUGGUUAGAUUAUCAUGAAUCCAACAUGACAUUUACUGGUGAAACUCCAAAGAGCUUUGACAAGUUGAAUGUUAAAAUUAAUGCUGAAUCAAAUUCACAAACUGAAUCAAGAAGUUUCCAAAUUAAAGGUGUUGACAGAGACGAAACAACAUCUAGUUCUUCCUCUUCUUCUUCUUCUACUACUACUUCAUCAAGUUCAACUUCGAGUGCUACUGAAGCUACAACCACUUCCGCUGAAGCUACUAGCUCUUCAUCAACAACAGCAGCAGCAGCUACUAGUCACAAGAAAUCUACAAAUACCAAAGCUUUGGCUAUUGGACUUGGUGUUGGUAUUCCAGCAUUCUUGAUUCUCCUUACUGCUUUGAUAUUAUUAUGUUGCUGUAUCAAAAGAAGAAAGAACAAAGAUUCUAAUGAUAAUAAUAAUUCUAAUAAUGAUGAUCAUGAAAAGGAAUUUAUUCCUAGAGGAAACAAAACUACUGUUUCACCAACGGGAAUCCCAGCAAUUAAUUCAGAAGAAUCAUUAGUUAAGGAUAAAUCGGAAAUGAAUGUUAUGAAACUUGAACAUAUUAAUAGAUCACAUUCAUCAUCUUCAUUAACUCAAGUUGAAUCAUCAAGUGCUGAUUCAUUCUAUGAUGCUAAUGAAAAUGCCCCAAUUGUUAAAUCAUGGCGUGCUAAUAUUGAAUCAGAUAAUAAAUUAGCUCGUGCUAGUGAUGCAUCUUUAUCUACUGUUAAUACUGAACAUUUAUUCCUGAUUAGAUUAGUUGAUGAUUAUUCAGCAAGAAAUUCAGAAAGUUCUUCCAAAUUUGUUAGUAAUAAUUCACUUAAUGCUUUAUUACGUCGUGAAUCAUUAUCUUCAAAUUUCCAAAGAUUAGACAGUAGUGGUAAUAUUGUUGAUAAUCUUAACCAGAAUAAUAAUAAUAACAACAACAAUCAUAGUAAUCGAUCAUCACAAUCAGAGAAAUAUCUACCACAAGUAUCAUCAUCAAAUUUGGAUAUUGUUCCAGAAGAAAAUUCACGAGAAUUGAAACAAACAGGUAAAGAUGAAACUAGUGGUACUAUAAGUCAUUUACUUUCUAAAUUUAAUGAUAAUACAUCUUCAGAAGAUGGUGAAUUUGAUGAACCUGAACCAACUCCAGUUGAUGAUAGAUUACCAUCACCAAAUUAUGCAUUGGAUUCAUCUAAAUUAGGUAAAUAUGAUUCACCAUCAAGUGAAAAAUUCUUAUUAAAUGGAGAUGAUAAUGAAAAAACACCAAUUAAUAAUAAUGGAGGUCCAACUAUGAAACAUCAAAAUCUUUCAGCUAUUUCAUUAGGUUCAUUAACUUCAGAUAAAUUAUUCUUUGUUGAUAAUAGUUCAAGUUCAAAUAAUACUACUAAUAGUAACAACAACAACAAUAUGAAUACUAAACCAACACCUCCAAAUAGUAUGAAUAUUGGUAAAUCAGCUAAAUUAGUUGAUUUUACAAGAAAAGGAAGUUUAAGAGAAUCAGCUUAUGAACCUGAUUAUGUUUAUAAAGGAGAAUCAGCAUCAAUUCAAGAUGAUGAUAGUGAUUAA